AUAAGAAUUCAAUGAACGCUUCGUCUUGGCCGAGCCUUUUGUAUUCAUCAUUGUUCACUGUCUGCUCCUCCGUAAUCUCAUCGCCAUUAAUGCAAGUGUAGCGCACGUGCCUUUAAAUUGCCUGGACCUUUAUAUUUGAUAGUGCAUUAAUAAUCUUAUCCGGGAAGAGGGAAUUCAAUUUCAGUUAUACGGUUCCACAGAAGGAAGCAUGGCGUUUCUCCGUCUCCCUUCGUCUCAUACUCUUAGAACCACCUUUCAUCCUGGAUUCACGGUACCUGUUAAGGCCUCGUCUCUUCGCUUCCGGCCAAACUUUCAAGUCCAAAAUAUAACCAAAAUCAGCAAUUGGGCUGUCGAUGUUCGAUCCAAAUUUUUGAAUUUGCUGCUUUCUGGGGCUCUCGCACUAGGUUUCUCUCUCUCAGGGGUUGAAUUUGCUGAGGCAAAAGUUGGGGUUAACAAGCCAGAAUUGCUUCCUAAAGAGUUUACUACUGUUAUAGAUGUGGCUGGGUUCCUUUCUGAUGGACAGGAGAAGAGACUUGUGCAGGAGAUUUCAGACAUUGAGAAGGAUACUGGAUUCAAAUUAAGAGUUUUAGCUCAAAAUUACCCUGAAACACCAGGGUUGGCAAUUAGAGAUUUUUGGCAAGUGGAUGAUAGGACCAUUGUCUUCGUUGCAGACCCUACCUUUGGAAAUAUAUUAAACUUCAAUGUUGGGGCUUCCGUUGAUCUAGACAUUCCACGUAGCUUCUGGAGUCGUCUGGCUGGGAAAUAUGGGAACAUGUUUUAUUGGAAGGAGAAGGGGGAGGAUGCAUCUGUUGAAGCUGCUGUGAUGGCAAUAUCCAGUUGCCUGAGAGAACCUGUAGGCCCAAAUAAUUGCUCCGAGGUAAACUAACUAUGGGUCUAACGAGCAAGAUUCUUUUUUGUUCAUGCUGUGUAACAAUUUGUUAGCAUUGUAUAAUACUCUCAAGUGUUGUAUAUACGAGAUGGAAUUUUAUGUAAACAUCAAGCACAAAGCAGUGAACAAUUGUGGAUGUUUGUGGAAGUAACUAGAAAUUAACACAAUGUAUAGUGUCUUAAGAUUACAAGUAUCAUUGUCAAAAUAGAAAAUAGGCCUAACUGUUCUUCUGUCUGUUGAGUGAGAGGCAGCGAAAAGACCAUUUAAAAAUCAAA